CAUACUUUCGCAAGUUGCGCCGGAAAUCCGUCCACUUCGAUGUCAUGGCCCGCCUUGGAGCGUCGCCGGCCACGGCCCUACAGGGCACCGCAUUUGCCGGCCGUGGCCAGCUUGCCCGUGCUGCCGGCGCCAACAGCGUCUUGUACGUUUGUUUGUUUUUGUGUCUUUUUGUCGUUUGGAGUCUCAGAGUACUCACAAAACUUCUAUUCUUGAAAAGCUAAGGCCGGGUUGAAUCAAUGAUAAUGAUAAGUGCUGGACUUUUUGGACCUAAUGGCAUGUGCUCGACCCAGGUGCAUUUGUACGAGCACAUUCACGAGCACCAUCAUUACUUUUACAGGCCCGAGCAAGGACAGGUCAAGGAGACGCCCAUCACUGAAGAAGUGAGACCAGAGGAGGGACCGGUCACUGAGCAGAUGGUCACCGUCGAAACCAGAUUGGAGCGCCGGAGAUCGACUGUGGAGCGUUCGAACGCUCCCAAGCGACGUGCCAGCAAAGCUGAAGAAGCUGAGCCGAUGACGAUCCCGCGGAUUGUGGUGGAGCAGGUGGAUGGCCCACCUUCGUCAAGUCAGUCUCAAACAGACUUGGAGGAGCCGCCCGCGCCCAACGAGGCGGAGGCGGAAGAUCCGUUCCCGCGGUGGAAGAAGACGUCGAGACCCAAGCCGAAGCCAAUACCGAAACCUGCCAUGGAUUUCCUGAAAGAGCCCAAGCGGCUGGACCCACGGGAGGAGGGCGACAUGAGCCGCAGCUCCUCCAGAUCCUCCGUCCGGUCCAUCAAUUCCCAGCAGAGCCAUCGGGCGAGCGUUCGGAGGAAGGCCAAGGCCCCAACAGCUCCAGUGAACGCAGAGGAUGAGGAUUCGGUGGAUCCUUUGUCAUUGCGGCUGAAGCUCAUCCAGGACGAGCAGAAGUGGUCAGACUUCCGGCGGUAUCUCAAGCGCCACCUGCGGGAGCUGCCCGACUCGUCGAAAUCCGAGGCCAAGCAGAAGCUCAUGGGUCGAAGGGUCACAGGCACCUCCAAGGAUCGAUCCAGGCUGGAGCAUCAAAAGGCCAAGGAGUCUCAACAGAGUCAGGACCUUGUGAGACACGUUGAAGAGGAGCUUCGUGCAUGUACCCGAUCGCGCCACAAAGUCCUCAAGAUGCAAGAGACCCUCCGCCGCCGCGGGGUGCAGUUCUUCCGUUGAAUUCAGUUCGGCGCGUUCCGAGGCAAUGAUGCGCUGAUCCGAUCACGGCAUCAACAGACAUAGACAGCUGAUGUGAUCAGAACUGGGUCUCAUCCCUACGACAGUUCCUCUAAGGCGGUUUGGACAGAUGUUCCUCCUUGGAGGGCUAUGUUCGUUUGGGAAGUGUAGUAGUCGGACCUCUUCGGCAUUUUGCCUGAGGGGUUUGGGUUGCCGCC